GCUUUCUUUUCCCCCCCUUAACCCACAUUUAUAAAGAUCCUCUCUUACAAGUUUGUUAUCUUGGUUAUUUGCUUCUUCUCCCAUCUCCUUCUCCUUUCUAGCUUCUCUCAUUAUUAAUUGUUCUAGCUAAUUUCUCUCUUGUGGCUUGAAUUUGCAUUGCUAUUCUUUUCUUGACAAUACUGGAGAAUAAUUGUACAAUAUCUUUGCAAGCUUUGUAAACAAAUAAUGGCACAGUUGCCUCCAAAAAUCCCUAACAUGUCACCCAAUUGGCCUGACGUACUUUCCCACCAAAAACUUCCUUCCCUGGCCAGUUUCGGCCCAACUGCCAACGGCGGCGGCGGCGGCGGCGCGACAAACCCGUCUUGGGUUGACGAGUUUCUCGACUUCUCAACGGCGAGGCGGGGCUCCCACAGGAGAUCGGUCAGUGACUCGAUUACCUUCCUCGAGACGCCAAUGCUGGACGAGUGCCGCAGCGCCUCGGGGGCGGCGGCAGCUGGACAAGGAGGGCUGCUUCCGGGGACUAAUCAGGGUGUGGAGUUCGAUAGAUUCGACGACGAGCAGUUCAUGUCCAUGUUCAACGACGAAAUCGCCUCCAUGGGGGCGGGGGCUGCAGGCCCCACCCUGUCGUCCUCCAGCCCUUCCUCGCCGUCCGAUCACAACAGCAUCAACGACGAGAAGGAAAUGCAGCUCGAUCGGAAUAAUUGCGGCAAGCCGCAUGUGAUCAAGAAUGAAUCUGAGGAGGUGGAGAGCCAAUGCAAAUCCGACGGCGCGCAAGCAAUUGCUAAUACGGCCGCGGCAGCGACAACGAUGAAUGCUGAUAGGAUAAGUGAUCCUAAAAGAGUUAAGAGAAUCUUGGCAAACAGACAAUCGGCCCAAAGAUCACGGGUCAGGAAGUUACAAUACAUCUCGGAGCUUGAACGCAGUGUUACUUCCCUACAAGCUGAAGUUUCGGUGUUGUCGCCGCGAGUUGCGUUUUUGGACCAUCAACGUUUGCUUCUAAAUGUCGACAACAGCGCUCUCAAACAAAGAAUUGCCGCAUUGGCCCAGGAUAAGAUUUUCAAAGAUGCUCAUCAAGAAGCACUGAAGAGAGAAAUAGAGAGACUGAGACAAGUGUAUCACCAACAGAACCUCAAGAAGAUGGAAAAUGCUAAUUCACAAUCACCAUCUCCAAAUACACCAACUGGUGAUCAUGCAAAAUCUCCUAAUAUUGAUCGAAAAGAGCACCUUCUCAAUGUCACUUCGUAACGGAUAAUAAAUAAUUUAUAUUAUAAUGCAUUAAUUAAUUUUUCUAGUAAGUAUAUGGUCAAAGGUUGCAUAUUGAUAACUUAAAACUUUUCUGGGGUACUCAUUUUAUUAUGUACUAAAAAGGGUAAAAACAAAUCAUCAUUUUCGAUGAUUCUGAGUCAUUUUAGUAGGUACUAGUUUUACUACUAGCUUCUGCAACAACAAAAUUUGAUUCAGAAGAAGUUAGCUUUGCCAGUUUGCCUGAUCUUUUUAGAGAGAGUUGAAAGCACCUAAUCAGACACCAAGGGAA